AUGCAACCUGCAAUGGAAGUUCCUCUGGCCCGAAACUCGGUUACAGCCGGAUCAUCCGCCUUCCCAUCUCUGCCAUUUCUCACAGAUGCUUAUCUUCCAGGGCCGCACUCCGUUGCAGCGGCGCAGCAGCAGCUGCUUCUGUUGCAGCCGGGAAGCACUCCUGAGCACGCAACCGUUCCGUGUGCGGACCGGCUAAGUACAGCAGGGACUGACGGGUGGGCUGAUCCCAGUGGGGCAGCUGCCCUGCAUUUGUUGGGAGCUCCUCAGGAUGGAGAGGUGGGAGACAUGCUGUCUGGGGUGCAAGACCCGACUUCGCUUGCGGCGUCGUACUUCGGUUCGUACCUUUGCUCGCCGUCACUGGAAAACCCACAAACGCCUACAGGCUUAACGUCGCAUUCUGUUUCACCAAUUCAUUUAGCCACUAGCCCCGAGGCAGGGAACGGCAGCUUUGUCAGUGCAGUUCCUUCUGCGGGAUUUCCUUUGUAUUGCGGGCCAUCCUUUCCUUUUUCACUACCGAACCCAGCUACUUAUGGAGUCUCGCAGGAUGGGACUACCGCGUCCUCAAACUCAGCGUGGGCCAUGCCGCAGCCCACAGGAACGCAGGAUACACAGGGAUUUGCGUCUGAUUAUGACAGACUCACGAGAGAGUUGGGUAAAUACUGCGCGACUUUGCGGGAUCUUGUGACGGACAAUCCGUCGUUUUCUGACGAGCUAAAUUCCACCCUGGAAACGGCGAUUCGGUCAGCUGAUCAAGUGACUCACGUGCAGCGAAAGUUGCUGCUCUCAGCAAGUCAACAGAAACAUCUUGUUGCCGACAGCAAACUUAUUCACUCCAAGGUGCAGAUGCUUCACCGAAUUCUUAAAGCAAGUUCCCCUAAGUAUAGCCAGUGGCUUGAGGAACAUGCAGUUUUGAGGGACCACAUAGAACAGCUCGAACACCAAAAUGGGAAUCGUGUGGGAUCUGGGUGUCGGAUAGGAAAUGAAAACGCCACCGAUAGCUCACGCAGUUGUGUCACAAGCCGCCGCCGUAGCAGCAGCAGCAACAACAGCAACAGCAACAGGCGAAGAAGUAUUCGGCAGUACAAGCGGCAGCAGCAUGCGCCACUCACGGAGACCCCAGAGGGAUUGCUUUUUCCUGUUGUCAAGACGGAGGGGACACCAAGCUGCGCCUAG